CUAGGCGCCGGGGCGGGGUCGGGCGGCGGGAGCUCGGAGGGGACGCGGAGCCCCGCGAUGGGCCCGGGCGCGCUGCUGGCGCUCCUGGCGCUGCUGGAGCUCCGGGAGGGGGACCCCGCGGUGGCCGCGGCGCGCGAGGACACGUUCUCGGCGCUGACCAGCGUAGCCCGCGCCCUGGCGCCGGAGCGCCGGCUGCUGGGGAUGCUGCGGCGCUACCUGCGCGGGGAGGAGGCUCGGCUGCGGGACCUGACCAGAUUCUAUGACAAGGUGCUUUCUUUGCAUGAGGACUCAACGAUCCCUGUGGUGAACCCUCUGCUGGCCUUUACUCUCAUCAAACGCCUGCAGUCUGACUGGAGGAAUGUGGUGCAUAGUCUGGAGGCCAGUGAGAAUAUCCGAGCUCUGAAGGAUGGUUACGAAAAGGUAGAGCAAGACCUUCCUGCCUUUGAGGACCUUGAGGGAGCAGCGAGGGCCCUGAUGCGGCUACAAGAUGUAUACAUGCUCAAUGUGAAGGGCCUGGCCAGAGGAGUCUUCCAGAGGGUCACAGGCUCCUCUGUCACUGACCUGUACAGUCCCAGGCAGCUCUUCUCCCUCACGGCAGAUGACUGCUUCCAAGUAGGCAAGGUGGCCUAUGACAUGGGGGAUUACUAUCACGCCAUUCCAUGGCUGGAGGAGGCUGUCAGUCUCUUCCGAAGAUCUUAUGGGGAGUGGAAGACAGAGGAUGAGGCCAGUCUAGAAGAUGCCUUGGAUCACUUGGCCUUUGCCUGUUUCCAGGCAGGAAAUGUUUCGUGUGCCCUCAGCCUCUCCCGAGAGUUUCUUCUCUACAGCCCAAAUAAUAAGAGGAUGGCCAGGAAUGUGUUGAAAUAUGAAAGGCUCUUGGCAGACAGCCCUCACCAGGCAGCUGCCGAGACUGUCAUGCAGAGGCCCAAUGUGCCCCACCUGCAGACCAGAGACACAUAUGAAGGGUUAUGCCAGACUCUGGGUUCCCAGCCCAUUCACUACCAAAGCCCCAGCCUCUACUGUUCCUAUGAGACCAAUUUCAGCCCCUACCUGCUGCUCCAGCCCAUCCGCAAGGAGGUCAUUCACCUGCAGCCCUUUGUUGUUCUCUACCAUGACUUCAUCAGUGAUGCAGAGGCUCAGAAAAUUCGAGAGCUUGCAGAACCAUGGCUCCAGAGAUCAGUGGUGGCAUCAGGGGAAAAGCAGUUACAGGUGGAAUAUCGCAUCAGCAAAAGUGCCUGGCUGAAGGACACCAUUGACCCAAUGCUGGUGACCCUUGACCACCGCAUUGCUGCCCUCACAGGCCUUGAUGUCCAGCCCCCCUAUGCAGAGUAUCUCCAGGUGGUGAACUAUGGAAUCGGAGGACACUAUGAGCCUCACUUUGACCAUGCUACGUCACCACACAGCCCCCUCUACAGGAUGAAGUCUGGGAACCGCAUUGCGACAUUUAUGAUCUAUCUGAGCUCUGUGGAAGCUGGAGGAGCCACAGCCUUCAUCUAUGCCAACUUCAGUGUGCCUGUGGUCAAGGGUAUCCUUGGCCAGACGUCUCCCAAAGAACUGAGAUUCCGAGCUGACACUCCACACUCACCUGGGGCUGGGCCUCUUGUCCUCAGAACGCAGCCCUGUUUUGGUGGAACCUGCGCAAGAGUGGAGAGGGGGAUGACGACACGCUUCAUGCCGGCUGCCCUGUUCUGGUGGGAGAUAAAUGGGUGGCCAACAAGUGGAUACAUGAGUAUGGGCAGGAAUUCCGCAGACCCUGCAGCUCCAACCCAAAAGACUGAAGCACUGACAGAGAGCUUGUGGAGGCCUAUGGGUCACCAGAGAAGCCAGGAGCCAAAGCCAGGAGAGGAGAGAGGAGCACAGCCUCCCGGAAGAAGGCCUUGUAACGAGGUCUGGUUCCUUGCAAAGAGGGGGCAAGGAAUGGAACCCCCAAAAGUUUGCAUUUGUUUCUACUCCAGCCAUGAGAGUCAGAGCAGAAUGGACAUUGCAGAAGAGGGCUAAGGAACACGUUUCUAGUGCUCAAACACUGUUGGACAUACCAUGCUGGGGGAUGCAGCUUGGCUAAUGAGUGCCUUGCUUAUGUAGAGCCUUGGAUUCUAUUAUACACACACACACACACACACACACACACACACACACACAAAUUUGGAAAUAGAACACUUCGUCUGACUUCUACUGAAACCCAAGCAGAAUGUGUCUGACUCAGAGAUCUCCACCACCAGUGGGGUUUAUCAUGAUGAUUUCUUUUUUUAGAGUGGAAAGCAACUUUUUCUUUCUUAUGAUUUUUUAAGUCAUUAAAAUGUUUAUAAAUCACCUUUA